GUCUAUAAUACAUAAGCAGGAUAGCGAGAUCUAGAACCUGUGUAAAAAAAGAGAGGAAAUUUUAAAAAAGAUUUGCUGCAUGCUUCAUACAAAUCAGAAAAUAAAACCACAAAACUUCAAGGCCUGGACUGCGAACCUUAACCAGUGAAUAAAAUAUUACAGGAAAUCUUUACCGGCCCUGGGAGGAAGAGGAGGACAAAAGAGGGCAGCUUCUGCAAGAUCUUGAGAUGUGUGAAGACUGCAGAAGAGAGAAGACACCGCAUCAGCCACCACCGCCACCUUUAAUUCCUGCCUCCAGCCAGCCUCCCCCAAACACCCAUCCAGCCCAUCAUCCAGGAGCAGCGACGACGAGCUAGAAAUCAAGCAGCCGGCCGGCGACGACCCUGCAGCUGCUGCAAGCCAUCUUUCAUCCCCGUCGGAUCGACCGCAUGCGGCGGCGGCGGCUCGGUGCAUCCAUCUGAGACCACCGGCCGGGAGGCCUGCACCGGAUCCAUCAUCCAUGGGGAGCGGCAAGGCGUCCCCAGGCGCCGGCGGUGAAGGAGCGAGCGGCGGCCCGCCGCAGCCGGCGGGCGCCGUCUGCUGCAUGUGCGGCGACAGCGGCCUCCUGCCCGAGCUCUUCCGCUGCUCCGCCUGCUCCGUCCGCUCCCAACACACGUACUGCACGAAUCGGUACCCGAAGGUGGAGUCGUACGGCACCUGCAACUGGUGCCUGAGGGCGGACAGAGGCGUGGCUUCGACUUCGUCGUCGCCGAGAUCCGCCGGCAAGGCGGCCGCCCGGUCGUCGGCUGCUCACGGUGACACAGCCGCAGCCGCCGGCAGAUCGCCCAAGGUCGCCGCCGCUCGUGGCGACUUCGCGUCGUCGAACCUGAGAAAGCCUAUCAAGAAGCAGCACCCGCAGCAUCAGCGGCUUCUGCUGCGGCGGUCGGCGUCGGACCUUGGCAGCCGCGUCCGCGACGCGCCGCCGUCGCCCGGCGUCGCGCGCGGCAGGCCGAGGGUCCGGAGGUACAAGCUCCUGGAAGAGGUCAUCACUAGCUAGCUGCAGCUACCCGUGUGUGUUUGUGUGUGUGUGUUGCCGAUCGAUCAUGCAUGUCGUGGAUGACACGUGUGCGUAUUAGGCGUGUAUAGUACGUGCAUCUUGUAGCUGCUAAUUAAUCAGAGUGUGCGCUGUGCUAGCUGUAUAUGAGGAAUAAUACUUGCUAACGUACGUGCAGAUCAUCGAUCAUAUAUGCGUGAUGUAUGAUGAGCAGCUAGCUAGCUAUUCGCUCUAGAUCGAUCGUCUCGGUUAAGUAACAAGCGCUGUUUAUAGAGAGCGUACGUCUGCGUGCAAAUAAACUUCUUUCUGGCUAUGUGCCAAUUGUACACUUGCUAAUCUCGAGCUUAAUCAAGGAAAUUAAAGAGAAGGCUGCUGUUAUUUCA